AAAAGGCACGGGAGGAGGAGGAGGGUUGGAAGGAACCGACCUUUCCUGAGGGUGGAGACGUACGGUUAUCGAGAAACCCAACUACAAAUCACCGAACGCUCCCUCUCCGCUCGCUCUCUCUCUCUCUCUCUCUCUAUCCGCAGAUCAAUCUUCCUUCUUUCAUCUUUGAAUAGUUGACUGAUACCAAAGAAGUCCUCUGUUGGUAACGUAUUCACAACCCUCCCGAAACAAGCUUCUUUCAUGUCUGAUCUUGACGCAAACAUUCCAACUGCUUUUGAUCCCUUUGCUGAUGCGAAAGGUGACGACUCGGGUGCUGGCGGAAAGGAUUACGUGCACGUGCGGGUGCAGCAGCGCAAUGGUAGGAAAAGCCUGACCACUGUGCAAGGCCUGAAGAAAGAGUUCAGCUAUAACAAGAUCCUCAAGGACCUGAAGAAGGAAUUUUGCUGCAAUGGCACUGUUGUCCAGGACCCCGAGUUAGGGCAGGUUAUUCAACUUCAGGGUGACCAGAGGAAAAAUGUAUCAACCUUCCUAGUGCAGGCUGGCAUUGUGAAGAAGGAACAAAUCAAGAUCCAUGGAUUCUGAGUGCAUCUGGGUUUUUGCCCGAUGUAGUCUCUCUUGUGGAGGUGGUAGUAUAAGUAGACGAUGUUAGUCGCCUUAGUGGGUCUUAUAUAUGUUAUGCAUUAAUAGGAAAAGAAGAACGCCGUACCUAUCAAGUUAUGUUCAGGCAAAGGGUGUAGCUGCUUCUCUUGCCUGUUUAAAGAAAUUACUAAGUGUGCUUGUUUGUAAUGUGGAUGUUUGGAAGUUCGUAUGGAUGUGGUAAUAAACAUAUGUGCCUUUUUGUUUCCUCUA